CAAUCAUUACAACCUUUCCUCUUCUUAUUUUCCUUCAACCAGUCUUCCCAAAGCGUGUUGGCCGUGAAUAUGUCGGGUGCACCUCAACCUCCUCCGAAGGAUACAUCAUCUGGAGGCGUACCUACCGAUGGGAGUUUACAACCUCAAGCUGGAGAUGGAGCAUCGUUGGAUAUGUCCUCAUUGAGUCCACUUGAGGUCUCGCAGCUCACGCAGAAUAUACUCGAUGAAUCUGCAUCGGAACGCCCAUUGAUCUCAGAUAGCAUGCCACUCUCCGCGCUACGUACCGAAUACGAGAAUGGUUCGGGAUCAUUCGUAAAACAGAUAGACUACCUAUUGAGUCAAGGAUUUGGAGGGAUAAGAAGAACACGUGGCGAUGGAGAUUGUUUUUAUCGGUCCCUCGCAUUUGCGUGGGUAGAGCGAUUGAUGAACUCUCCAAAGCAAACAUUAGAUGUUGCCAAGUCACUGUCUAUGCUUGACGAAAAGUUGUUACUACUCAAAGCUGCUGGCUUCCAGGAGCUCGUGUAUGAGGAUUUCUACGACGUCCUUAUCUCACUCAUUCGCCAAAUAGUCGUACCCGAACCAGAUGGCUCAACACUUACACCUGGUAUACUUCUCGAGGCAUUUCAGGACGCUGAAGUGUCUAACUGCAUUGUCGUGUUCCUCCGACUUCUUACAUCCGCUGUUAUCCGUACUGACCCUAUUUCAUACGCGCCAUUUCUCUUACAUCCAGAAACGGGUGCAGAAAUCACUCCACAAGAGUUCUGCGAACGUUACGUCGAGGCGAGUGGGAAAGAGGCUGACCAUGUCCAGAUAACUGCGCUCACCAAGAUCCUAAAACUCAACGUCGAAGUUGCUUAUCUUGACGGACACGACCCUGAUGGAUCCGUAAGCUUUGUGGAGUUUCAUAACAUGCCACCAGAUGAUUUCGUCGAUCCACCUGUUUUGCUGUAUAGACCCGGGCAUUAUGACAUCCUCGAACGACGACGGCCAGCAUGACCUAGUUUGUCCUAACGGAAAAUUCAGAACAGUACAUUUUCACCAACUUUGUUAUCGUAAUAAUAAUAAAAUGGCAUCUCCGGAUAUUCGGAUACCUACCCCUAUAAACACA